UCUGAGACAGUCACGCUGCGAUUCAUUCAGCCACAUCACCCACACGCAUACUCCUGCCCAGCGUAUGCUCACAGUCUGUCUACCUUUCGCUUGAAAAUCUGCGUGUCCGUGAGAAACGGUGCUGUUGUUUCACACCUAAGGCAGAAUAUUACAGAUCUGACUGUUGUACACUUUCUUUAGUUUAGCAAGAAUCUCUCCUCCUUCCAAUGGGUCCCGGUAUAGUUAUACUUUUCUCUCUGUUUGGAGUUCUCGACGGACAAGGUGGAAAACAGAUGUCAAUAGAUGAGUGCUGUAAGGAUGGUCGGGACCGGGGCAUUGAUAACCAGGACUGCACAGCCCUCCCUCUCAUCUCCGAGUCCACCACAUGCAGGAUAGUACAGGAGCAGUGCUGCGCGACGGUACUGGAGGACUCCAUCUGCACAAACGGCAUCAACAUGGCCAAAGACCAGGGGGGCUGUGACACCCAGUUUCCUGGAAGCACCUGCGAGACCAAGACCGCAAAGAUGUGCUGUGACUGUUGUCUGCUGGGCCGGGCUGCUCAGGAGAAGGGUCUGCCCUGUGACCACAGCUUGUCUCUGGGCUACCAGUGUGGCCUGGUGUCCCGGGCCUGCUGCGAUGACGGAGCCCCCGAUGUGAAGACCAACACUCUGGUUCCUGACAAAGACAACGAGGCCCUCACUGGCAAGGAUAAUCCGUUACUGAAUGAGUGCAGUAAUGCGAAGUGUGCACAGGAAUGUGUGGGCAACGGCACCUGUGCCUGCUUCAAAGGCUACAAACUCAAACCAGAUGGGAAGAACUGUGAAGAUAUAAAUGAGUGCCUGCUGGGUGCCAGUAACUGCCGAGGAGGUGAGCGCUGCAUCAACACGCUGGGGUCAUUUCGUUGCCAAAGAGAGGUCAGCUGUGGUACCGGUUACGAGCUUACCGACAGCAACAAUUGCAAAGACAUUGACGAGUGUGAGUCGGGCACCCACAACUGCGCCCCGGACUUUAUGUGUCAGAACACUCAGGGGUCAUUCCGCUGUCGGCCCAAGAACCAGUGUGGCGAUGGAUACAUCCAGGAUGCCCUGGGCAGCUGCAUCGACAUCAAUGAGUGUCUGGCCCAGACUGGGCCUUGCCACCCUGGCCAGUCGUGUAUGAACACGGUAGGCUCCUUCACCUGCCAGAGGAACUCUGUCAACUGUGGCCGGGGAUACCACCUAAACGACAACGGCAACCGCUGCGUGGAUAUCGAUGAGUGUAAAGGUCCUGAUGGAGAGUGUGCAGGCCAUGGCUGUAUCAACCUGGUAGGAUCGUUCCGUUGUGAGUGUAAGAUUGGCUUCAUCUUCAACAGCAUCAGCCGCGUCUGCGAAGAUAUCAAUGAGUGCAGGCACUACCCUGGGCGCCUCUGUGCCCACAAGUGUGAGAAUGCCGUGGGGUCCUAUAAGUGCAGCUGCACCCAAGGCUUCAAGCUGGCCAGCGACGGCAGGAACUGUGAUGAUCUAAACGAAUGUGAGAGCAGCCCUUGCAGUCAAGAGUGUGCCAACGUGUACGGCUCCUACCAGUGCUACUGUCGCCGUGGCUACCAGCUCAGUGACAGGGAUGGCAUCAACUGUGAAGACAUUGAUGAGUGUGCCUUGCCCACCGGGGGUCACAUCUGCUCUUACCGCUGCCACAACACCCCCGGGAGCUUCCACUGCAACUGCCCCGCCACCGGCUAUACUCUGGCCCCCAAUGGACGCAGCUGCCAGGAUGUUGAUGAGUGUGUGACAGGGACACACACCUGCUCUGAGACAGAGAGCUGCUUCAAUGUACAGGGUGGAUUCAGAUGCUUGUCCUUUGAGUGUCCGCCAAACUAUCGCAGAGCGGGAGAGAAGGCAAGGGUCGAGCGCUCAGACACCGUCCGUUGUGUGAAGUCGUGCCAGCCCAAUGACAUCAGCUGUGUCCUGGACCCUGUACACUCCGUCUCCCACACUGUCAUCUCCAUGCCUACCUUCAGGGAGUUCACCAGGCCUGAAGAGAUAGUUUUCCUGAGAACCAUGUCGAUGGCGCACUCCUCCCCCCACAUCAGCUCCGACAUCGUGUUCGACAUCCUGGAGGGAAAUGUCCAGAAUUCCUUCGACAUCGUCAAACGUGAGGAGCACGGCAUAAUCGUGGGUGUGGUCCGACAAGUGAAGCCUCUGAUUGGCCCGCUGAACAUGGUAUUGAAGCUGGCUAUGAACUACGUCACCUCUGGGGUGGUGUCUCAUCGGAACAUCGUCAGCGUCCACAUCUUCAUCUCCGAGUUCUGGUUCUGAGUACAGGACACACACCAACGCCACCUCACAUAGCCAUACUGUUCUAUCACAGUACUACCAACACCACCACACAUAACCAUACAGUUCUACCACAGUACUACCCACACCACCACACAUAGCCAUACUGUUCUACCACAGUACUACCAACACCACCACACAUAACCAUACAGUUCUACCACAGUACUACCCACACCACCACACAUAGCCAUACAGUUCUACCACAGUACUACCCACACCACCACACAUAACCAUACAGUUCUACCACAGUACUACCCACACCACCACACAUAGCCAUACUGUUCUACCACAGUACUACCAACACCACCACACAUAACCAUACAGUUCUACCACAGUACUACCAACACCACCACACAUAGCCACACAGUUCUACUACAAUACUACCAACACCACCACACAUAGCCAUACAGUUCUACUACAGUACUACCAACACCACCACACAUAGCCACACAGUUCUACUACAGUACUACCAACACCACCACACAUAGCCACACAGUUCUACUACAGUACUACCAACACCACCACACAUAGCCACACAGUUCUACUGCAGUACUACCAACACCACCACACAUAGCCAUAAAGUAUGACCACUUACACACUACUACCACACAGUACAUCCACAGUCCUAUAACUUUACCCUCCUAGCAUGAAGAGAAAGGAGAUUGCUGAGUGCAUGGAGGAGAAAAUGAAGAUUAUUUAGGUGUAUAACUAAAAGGAUAUGAAUACCAUUGGAGGGUCCAAUAAAGGGAUAUCCUGAUACAACCAACACACAUAACUUUGAACUUUCAUUCCUUUUCGAUGAAGAUAAACAGACCACUAGCUGCUUAGUUGCUUUUGUUAUUGUAUGAAACUAAAGCACUUCCCAGUAAGUUUACCUGUAAUAUAAGUAGAUGUAACAAGCCAAGCCAUGAGUGGAUGCAUGCAUCUGGCCUACGGAACUUGACGUGAAGACUCAUAAACUGUAUCAUAUAAUGUAAGCAUGCUGUCAUGCCCAAGACUAUAGAAUGUGAUUGUGAAUUGAAAGUGCAUGCGUAGACAUGGAGAUGUGAAAAACCAUUGGAAGAUUCAACAGUUGAAUGUAACACUAACCCAUGAGUAAUGAUGUGCAUUACAUUUCAUUAUCUUACUGUAUACAUUGCGAAAGGUGUUUCGGUACUAAAUAAUAAACCAUCUUGUUUUUGUCUUUGAA